UAAGAAAAAAACACACUCUGGCUAUUCACUCCAUACUCCUCCACAGUGAUACAAUUCAAUCCCUUCUUGUCAAGCCCUAAUUUCUGAUUCAAUUCAAUCCUCAAAACCUUAAACAAAACCCCCAAAUUAUUCAUCUCUCCCUCCGUCCACCAACAAUGGCUUCCUCAUCGAGCAGCGGCUUAACAUUCAAGCUACAUCCACUGGUAAUCGUAAACAUCUCCGAUCAUUACACGAGGGUUAAGUCUCAGAUGAACCCUACACUUGCUCCUCACAACAACACAACCAACAACGGCGUCGACGGCGUCGUUUCUUCCAUUCCGCCGCGUGUAUUCGGCUGUGUAAUCGGUGUUCAGAAAGGUCGCACCGUUGAAAUAUUCAACAGCUUCGAACUCCUAUACGAUCCUUCUACUCACUCUCUUGAUCGUCCUUUCCUUGAGAAGAAGCAAGAACUCUAUAAGAAGGUUUUUCCACACUUCUACAUACUGGGAUGGUAUUCCACUGGGAGUGAUGCAGAGGAAUCUGAUAUGCAUAUUCACAAAGCUUUGAUGGAUAUCAAUGAGAGUCCAGUUUAUGUUCUUCUAAACCCUGCGAUCAAUCAUUCUCAGAAGGAUCUUCCUGUCAGUAUAUUUGAAAGUGAAUUGCAUGUCAUAGACGGGAUUCCACAACUUAUCUUUGUUCGGUCAAGCUAUACUAUUGAGACUGUUGAAGCAGAACGGAUCUCAGUUGAUCAUGUUGCUCAUCUAAAGCCAUCUGAUGGUGGUUCAGCAGCUACACAAUUGGCUGCUAACCUUACUGGUAUACACAGCGCAAUCAAAAUGCUUCAUAGCAGAAUAAAGGUGCUACAUCACUAUCUUCUUGCAAUGGAAAAAGGUGAUGUUCCUUGUGAGAAUUCACUAUUAAGGCAAGUGUCGAGUCUCCUGAGAAGAUUACCUGCUAUUGAAUCUGGAAAAUUUCAAGAUGAUUUUUUGAUGGAAUACAAUGACACCUUGUUGAUUAGUUACCUUGCCAUGCUGACCAACUGCUCAAGUGCAAUGAAUGAUUUGGUGGACAAGUUCGGUACUGCGUAUGAUAGACAUACCAGAAGAGGUGGACGAACUGCUUUCAUGUGAGUGUCACAUUGUUACUCAUAUCUUGUCCAGCUGUGUACAAGCCUGGAUGCACUUUCCCAACUCUUUAGGCACAUAUUUUUGGCUUCUUUCUUCUCUUUGCUGCUUAGGCAUUUGUUGUUAAAGUUUAGUAUUUACUUGGAUUUGAAGAGCUCAGGGAGAGAAAUCUUUUUCAUGAAAAGUCACCAUAUUACCAUGCCCCAUCCUCCAAUGGAAAAAAAAAGGAAAUGUAUUAGCUUUUGCAAAUUGAGGCCACAAUUCUGUUAGGCCACCAUCUUUCAUUUUCUUGUAUGCUGCCUCCUAAUUCAUUUUGCAUUUCUUGGUAGUACAAAACUCUUACUCGGUUAAGUAGAAGAACAUAUGAGCAAGUUUGGAUA